ACAACCGAGCUCUGCUAUGUCUGCCAGUGCCCCUCUGUGUGCCAGGGAAGUGUGGGCACAGCUAUGGGCUGUUGUAUAUUUUGCAUUGCAGACAUGAAAAAAUGAAUCAGAUGCUCUCGUAUGAUUAAAAUUGGAAACAAAUGUGGGCUUAAAAGUGAUGCCAAAUGGAUGCCCAGGAUAAGUGUCAGCAGCUAGGUGUGAUAGUUUAAUGCUGGUUGGCAGGAGGAAAAGGUGCCUAUAAAUUCCCAUUUGUGCACUUUUCAUUCUGUCUGCUGGAGAAAGCAGCCUGGGAUCUUAUUGGGCCUGUCCUAGGGCUCCAGUAAUUGCCUGAUGACAACUGAAAAUGAUAGAAUAAUUGUCAAGAGAGACGUUUUUAAUGGGCAAGGUGAUUUAAGUAUGCAUGAAGAAGCUAUGAGGGAAGAUGAGCUUGUUUGUGAUGCAAGCCAGUAUAAACACAGUUGGAGCGAUGACACAGAUAGCUGCACUUUCCUCAGUGACAUGAGCAAGUUCUUACCGCAAACACCCAAAGAUUAUUCCUCUGACCACUUCCUUCACUGUCAGGUAUUAAGUCAUGAUGCAGGAAUCUGCAACAGAGACAAUAAGCAACAGUUCAAUGAAUCAAAAUGGAAUGAGCACUCUAAGCAGCCAAUUAGAUGCUGGCAGCAGAGAUGGGAGAUCAAGUGGUGACAUGUGCAGUGAAGUAAGCACAGUAGAACUGCUGCAUCUGCAACAACAGCAGGCUCUCCAAGCAGCAAGACAGCUUCUUUUACAACAGCAAACGAGUGGAUUGAAGUCUCCAAAGAGCAGCGAAAAACAAAGACCACUGCAGGUGCCUGUUUCAGUGGCCAUGAUGACUCCCCAGGUGAUCACCCCUCAGCAAAUGCAGCAGAUCCUUCAACAGCAAGUUCUGUCUCCGCAGCAGCUCCAAGCUCUCCUCCAGCAGCAACAAGCCGUUAUGUUACAACAGUCAAAAUGGUUUAUUCAGCAACAACUACAAGAGUUUUACAAGAAACAGCAAGAACAGUUACAUCUUCAGCUUUUGCAGCAGCAGCAACAGCAGCAGCAACAGCAGCAGCAGCAACAACAACAGCAACAGCAGCAGCAGCAACAACAGCAGCAGCAACAACAACAGCAGCAGCAACAACAGCAACAGCAGCAGCAGCAACAGCAGCAACAACAAACCCCACCACACCCAGGAAAGCAAGCAAAAGAGCAGCAACAAUUAGCGGCCCAACAGCUUGUCUUCCAACAACAACUCCUUCAGAUGCAACAACUGCAGCAACAACAACAUCUGCUUAAUCUUCAACGGCAGGGACUUAUUUCCAUCCCGCCCAGCCAGUCAGCUCUUCCAGUCCAGUCCCUACCACAAGCUGGGUUAAGCCCUGCAGAGAUACAGCAGUUGUGGAAAGAGGUGACUGGAGUUCAUAGUAUAGAAGACAAUGGCAUUAAACAUGGAGGGCUAGACCUCACUACCAACAAUUCUUCUACUACCUCCUCCACCACUUCCAAAGCAUCACCACCAAUAACUCAUCAUUCCUUAGUGAAUGGACAGUCUUCAGUGUUAAAUGCAAGACGAGACAGCUCAUCACAUGAGGAGAUUGGGGCUACGCAUACCCUCUAUGGUCAUGGUGUCUGCAAAUGGCCAGGCUGUGAAAGCAUUUGUGAAGAUUUUGGACAGUUUUUAAAGCACCUUAAUAAUGAGCAUGCAUUGGAUGACCGGAGUACUGCUCAGUGCAGAGUCCAAAUGCAAGUGGUUCAACAGCUGGAAAUUCAGCUUUCUAAAGAGCGUGAACGUCUUCAAGCAAUGAUGACCCACUUGCACAUGCGACCCUCAGAGCCCAAGCCAUCUCCAAAACCUCUAAACCUGGUGUCUAGUGUCACCAUGUCUAAAAACAUGUUAGACACAUCCCCUCAGAGCUUACCUCAAACCCCAACUACACCGACAGCACCCGUCACUCCACUUACCCAGGGACCCUCUGUAAUUACACCAGCCAGUGUACCCAACGUUGGGGCCAUUCGAAGACGACAUUCUGACAAAUACAACAUUCCUAUGUCCUCAGAAAUCGCCCCAAACUAUGAGUUUUAUAAAAACGCAGAUGUCCGUCCUCCAUUCACAUAUGCAACUCUCAUAAGGCAGGCUAUCAUGGAAUCAAGUGACAGGCAGUUAACACUUAAUGAAAUUUACAGCUGGUUUACACGGACGUUUGCUUACUUCAGGCGUAAUGCAGCAACUUGGAAGAAUGCUGUACGUCACAACCUUAGCCUGCACAAAUGUUUUGUGCGAGUGGAAAAUGUUAAAGGGGCAGUAUGGACAGUAGAUGAAGCAGAAUAUCAAAAAAGGAGGUCACAGAAAAUCACUGGUAGUCCAACGUUAGUAAAAAACAUACCUACCAGCCUUGGCUAUGGAGCAGCUCUUAAUGCAAGUUUACAGGCUGCUCUGGCAGAAAGCAGUUUACCUUUGUUGAGUAACACAGGUUUGAUAAACAAUGCAUCCACUGGCUUACUACAAGCAGUACAUGAAGACCUCAAUGGCUCACUGGAUCACAUUGACAGCAACGGAAACAGCAGUCCAGGCUGUUCUCCACAACCACACAUAUCAUUCAAGUUCCUUGUCACUCCUCUUGACAAAAGGAUCAUUCCAGUCCCCUGUCAUUCCACUUUGAGAUUGUUCCAGUGCCUUCAACGACAUUCUGUACACGUGAAAGAAGAGCCAGUGAUUGCCGAUGAUGAGGACUGCCCAAUGUCAUUGGUUACAACAGCUAACCAUAGUCCAGAGUUGGAUGAAGACAGAGAGCUUGAGGAAGAGCCAUUGUCUGAAGAUCUGGAAUAAAAAAAGAGAGAGACUUAAAAGACCUCAUAUGAAGGGACAUAGCACUGACCUUCACAACCACUCCACAACCAUGAUUAUUUGACAGAUUUUUACUGUGACUAUUUAUUACGCAUGGAUUACGGAGUUAGUCCUAAAGGAACUUGUUAAACUAGCCCUUUGGGAUUUAUUGCAACAAGGAAACUGCUUGUUGUCUCCUUUUUUUAAGGCAAAAACUGAUUUUCUUGAAAAAAAAAAAAAUGAAAAAAAAAAACUGUUCUUACAAUAAUGGCUUGCCCAUUUAAAAUAUGGCUCAAAAGGGUUCAUGAAAUGACUGAAUAUGAGGAUACAUGUUCUGCAGAAAGAAAAAGGCCUCAUAUACUGCCAAAAAUAGUGUUAGUUUCAUCAAUGUGAAUCUCAAACAUACAGUAGAUAUAAUGUUAGAAACAAAUCCUGGCCAGGUUCAACUUGUUGCUAUUGUUUUUAAUUUGCACAGGAGUAGGAUCAAACGUUAAUAGCACUGCCUGUUUAGCUGAAUUGAAACACAAAAUCAAACAAGCACAUUUCUUUUUGUUUUUGUCUUUUCUUUUCUUUUUUUUUAUGUUGGUACCACCAGCUGUAAAUGACAUGAAUUAGGUAUUACGAACCACAGUAAUUAGACUGUUGCAACAUCCAAAAACCUUUUAGGCUUCCAGUCUGUGCUGUUAGUGUUAAGUUGUAAAGUGCAAUCCUAAACUAACAUUGUCUGUGCGAGCACCAUAGAAACAUUUGCAUAUCUGCAUAUAUCUUACAACUGUACUAUUUACCUCCGUGUGAUAAAGCUUUGUCUACCUGAAAACACAGUCAAAGGCUACAGCUGCAAACCAAAGCCAACUCUAACAAUGGCCAAUAGCUCAACAACAGAAGCAGCCACUUGCCUUGGUCCGUCUUCUGUAACUUUAAUUCGUACAAAGAAACCGUUCCACGAACUACCUGCUGUUUUCUGAUGACCUCUGGGAUCUUUUUAUUUAGCCCUUCACAAAGAAACAAAUAAGGAAAGUUCAAUGAGAAAUAAGGUUUUCUUCUCUUCUGAGGCCACUCUAAAUACUAUGAAGAUUUAACAUAAGACAAGGAUGAGAACAGUCUCUCCAAGUAGAAGACUGAUAGAAACCAACAAAAUGUGGAAGACCAACCAACCAAAAUAUAUAUGUACUUGACAAAUGCAGAAUGCAUAUUGUUAUAUAUAAACAUUGUGUUUUAUUUUUUUUAGUUCCCAUACAGUCAGUUAUUUUAUUUUUUAUUUUUGUGGUGAAAACAUGUUGUUAGAUUGUCUUGUACUGUAUGGUCUUUAUCUGUUGUGUACUAUUUUUAUAGUCUUAAGUUAUAAUAAAUAAUAAAAAAAAAAACGUAGGAACCAAACGUAAAAGGUCUAGUAAAGCCAAAAAAAUAAUUUCAUAUUGAUUUAAAGUGAGCUAGGUAAGUUUUACACUGAAAUCAAAGAUAUAGCAAUCGUAGACCAUGGUAUUUAUUUUCAGUCAAACCAAAGUUACAUAGAAUUCUGCCUCUGCUUAUACGGGAUAUUAACACUAACAAUACACUCCCCUCUGGAAACUUGCAUUGACCAACUUGUCGGAAUGCUGGUUUUCACACAAAAUAACCCAAUCCCAAAAAGUUCCAAUUCUUUAUUCACUAUGUUGAAAUAACAUAGGUGUUUUCUGAAACCUAGAAACUUUACAUGUUGCUUUUUAUGUGCUGUGCCAAGUCUUGAUAAUACUUUACCCAAACCAAGGGACCUCAUAACCUAAUUAUGGUUAUUGCUUUACAAACAGAUUUUGACAGAAGGUGGCUGCUAGAGCUUAACAUAUGUACCAGCUUCAUAUGAUGGAGAUGGUUCUUGCAAACUAAGCUCAUCAGUUAUUCUUUGCUGAAGUCAGCAAGAAUGACUAAAAGAUAUACACAGUCAUCUAUCACGCCAAAUAGAAGGACACAACAGCUUUCAAAGGGGUUUUCCCACUUACCCAAAAGGCUUUCUGAAAGCUUCUACCUCUGCACAAAACAAAAUUAGACACAAAAAAGGCAGAUAACAUUAAUUGUCAAAGUAUCACAGUACCUGCUACUUUCAUGGUGUUUGUCUAUUGGUCAUAUCAGCAGAAAGCUCAGUUUUCUACCAUCCGAUGAACAUGUCACAUUACUGACAGAAAGAGUGCCCUUAAUCAUUAUGAUAAAUAGGGAAAGACUAUGAAAAGAGAGCAAAUAGUCUUCAUAUGUGUGUCCACCUUGGUAGUACAAAAGGAAUUAAUGUGAUACUUGCACCAUCGCGAAAGUGGCCAAAGACGACAAUGCUUAAGUAUGCAUACCUCAGUUACAAAACUUUGAAAGGAAGUCUCAGCCACAGAAUGCAUAUACCUGUAGAGUUUUGCAUGGGUUUUGUAUAAAUACAAUUAAAAAAUAGCUGCUUGCACAUAUACCAGAAAAACCUCCAAAACUGCAGUUGCUUUGAAAUUAGAUGUUAGGUUUUUUGGGGUUUUCUGAGAUGCUUGGUCUGUAUUUUGAUAAUUGUGCAUAUUAUGUAAAAAUGUUGGUGGACCCAUAAAUGACCAGACUUUUUUCUAAGAAAAAUGUUGCUUUAAUGCAUUUCAUUAAUUUUUACUCCUAUAUCAUCGCUUGCUAGUAAUAGCAACCCUGCUUUCCCGCUCUGCUUUGCGUAGCUGUUGUAAGGCUUUUAACUAAUGUAUGUAUUUAUUGCUUGAACUUCUGUGCAUACCUUAUGAAGCAUAAUGUCUGACAAUUAAAAUGGCUCAUGUAUUCUUGCUUCUAUCAUAUGAUGAUGAUGGGGAUCCAUUAUGUUUUGUAUACAGCUAAGUUUAACUGUAGCACAAACAUCUGUUUAUGUAUUGGUGGUAUAAACCUGUUUAUUUAUCUUUUUGAGGUAAACAAUUUUUGAUACUUUUUCAUUACUGUGUACUGUGUGUUCAUAUCUUGAAUUCUCUGACGUUAGAAGUCAUGGUUGAAUUGUAACAGCUGUUAUUUGUUCUUGUAUUCAUGGCUUUCACUGCUGAAUAAAAUAAAUGGACCAAACCUAGGAUUUGAAAGAAAACUGUCUACCUCUAACACCAGGGAGUUAUCAGAUUUUUUUUUGACAUUUUCAUUAUUUAAAAAACAGUUGCUUAGGGUGCACUUGAUGCCUACACAAAGUAUAGGCUGUCAUUUUAUGUAUGAGAUUGGAUACAAGCUUUAAAAAAAAAAGUUAAGAGAGACUCCACGACCAGUAUUGAAAGUUAAAUCAGAUUCAUAGGCCAUAAACAUUGGCUAAUUUUUCAAAAUGGCUGCCUUUACUAUAUGUAGCAAAUAGGUGUCACUGAAAUAGUGAGUAUAUAGAUUUCAUUCUGUAUAGCUGGAUUCAUUGCAUACUUCUUAUAUUUGAACAUCAAUUCAAUUUUCUUGUGACUGUUACAAGUAUUAGGUAGAAUUACUUUUGAAUGACUUUCUUUUGAAAACCAAGACACUUGGGGAAGCAAUCAUAAUCAUUUUACACCCACAGCUCCUUAACUCCAUUCAUAUAUAAUCUCAGUUGAGGUAAUUGGAAGCACAGGUAGAAUAUAUGUCUACUGUACCAAUGAAAAAAAAAAUAUUUAAAAUAAUAUUUAAAAUAAGUUGACAUUGGUCACUUUCACUUGAAGCUGUUGCAAAUGUAUUCACAUCCAUAUAUAAAAAAAAAACUUGACAUGCUAAAAAAUUUUCAUUGUCUUUUUUAUUUUUAUUUUUUAAUAAAUCUUGGGUUUCUUGUACUUGUAGGUAAUAUACAAUGUCUUACUCUUUUGGAUUGUUGGUAUAUUUGUUCAUAUAAUUCAAAAUCUUUCACCAAUGAGAUCUGGUUCGGUAAAAGGAUGUACAUUUUUACUAUAUGUAUAAACAAUAUUUCUGAACUGUUGGAUGUAAACAUGUAUAUGAAACCAUUUCAUUCAUUUGCCUACAUUUCUGGAAUAAAAUAAAAUAUCUAAUUCUUUUGACCCAAUUAAUAUUAUUACUAUUAUUAUUAUUAUUAUUGCAAUUUUCCUUACAGUUCAGCUCACUAUAUUGUUUCUGUAUGCCUACAAAUUCUACUACAUGUAUUGUGUAAAGUAUUUAGUACAAGAGUACUAAUGUAAAAGAUGUUGUAAAGAAGACCAGUGAGUCCGGUGAAUGAUAGUUUAGCCAUUAUCAGAUGUCAUGGUUGAGCACAAAAUAAAUAACAUUGCUU